AUUUCUGGGAAAAGUGAGUUCAAAAGAGAUUUGCUGAGGGCAGAACCCUUCCUUCUGCGUCUUUCAUUUGACAGCUGUUUAGUGAGUGCCUUCUAUGUAUCAGGCACAGAAUAAGCACUGGAAUAUAACUGAGUAAAUAUUUUGGGGAAAUAAACAUCGGUUGAGUGAUGCAGCAUCUGAACUUUUGAGAAGGAAAUUGCAUUGAGCCUUCCAGUAGAGAGUUUCACAAUCCCGGAUGUAGAGUGAGCAGCUACACGGUGUGUUGUGGGAACACAGGUUCAGACACAAAGAACCUUUCAGCAAAUGACGACUUUAUUAUUUACACAGCACAAAGGGUCCAAAAAUCAGGGGAAGAGAUCCCACCGUGGCGGGUUUCCUGGGGGGGCCAAACUGUUUGAGGCAGGGUCAGCGGAUGGCAGCUCUGUACACCCCACUUCACCUCGGAGGGGAGCAACCCUGUUCUGUUUGAGGGCGAAGUGGUUAUUCACCCCUGUGGCUGCUUGUUCCUGGUUUCCAGAUUUAAGGUCUGGCUGGGCCUUUUCAGUAGACCUAGCAUCUCCCCCCGGUGUGGAAUGGAAACAGGCCUAAACAUCAUUGCACAGUAGAAGAGGAGGCAGGGAUAGGCAAGAGUCGGGAGGUGGCUGCUGAGCGUGUGCCCGUGACCUCCCCAGCACCUGAUAGUCCAGGAAUGUGAACAUUAGGGAUGCAGCACACAAGGCCUCUGCUCAGUGUCAGUUUCUGGUUUCAGCUCCAAGUCAAAGCAGCACCUUCUCAACCGACCUCUUCUUCCCCUGUCAGCCUGCGAGUCUAAUGGGCCCGUCCGGCCUCCCACGAUGUUCAGGGCUCUGGACACCUGCAACGGGCUCCUUAUCAGCCUGCUGACAUCUUGCAGGCCGGCCUCUUCUCUUUCUUCCCUGGUCCUGCUCUGUUGGCCUCAUGGUAUUGUUUGGGACAGGAAAGAGCCGUUGUCUCGCUGGCGUCUGAUUGCUCUCCUGAGCUUCCUGCCUGUGCAAUAGCAGCUGGGAGGGGCCAAGGGAAUUAUGGUGGGACCACACCCACUGGAGAAGGUACAAAUAGGGAGGCUCAGCACUGGCCUUCAGAGCCUCCUCUGCCCUCACCAUGAAGUCCAGAGGCUUCUUCCCCCUCGUGGUGCUUCUUUUCCUGGGAACCGUGGCACCGUGGGCUGUGGAAGGUGCUGGACAAGCCAUAAAAGCUGGAGUCUGCCCUUCUAUAAAACCUGCCCAGUGCCUGAUAUAUGAGAAACCGGAGUGCCAAACUGACUGGCAGUGUCUAGGGAAGAAGAAAUGCUGCCGUGAUGUUUGUGGCAUCAAAUGCCUGGAUCCUGUUGCCAUCAUGAACCGAGCUAAGAAGACUGGAAAGUGUCCUGUGGUCCUCGGGCAGUGUAUGAUGCUCAACCCCCCCAACUACUGUGAGAGGGACAGCCAAUGCCAGGGGGACUUCAAGUGCUGCAAGGGCAUGUGUGGGAAAGCCUGUGUGUCUCCUGUAAAAGCCCUUCACAGCCUCAGCCCUCUGGAGCGGGCAUAG